AUAAAAUGCUAUAAUGUUUUAAUUUUUUCCAUGAACACUUGUCAUUAUUGUUGUAAAUGAUAAUGGCGAAUGGUUUUGCUGUACAGUAGCUGUCAGCCUUUUAGCUGUUGAAAAGGCAGUUGUUCACUUUCAGAACCAAGGACUAUAUUUUGGUCAAAUAUGGAUGUGAUUAUACAGAACUGACUGAUGACAAAUGUCUCCAUGAGCACUUUAGGCUAUAGUCCUAGGUUAUUUUCACUACUUGAUUUUAAUAUGGAAAUGAGUUGACAAGUUCACAUUUUAUCCCAGAUAUUUACAUGAAGGAGUAGCCAAAGACUUGUUACUGAAACCUGUACACUGGCUUCUUUCAAGAAAUGGUUGGAUAAGAUCUCUGGAUCAACUAGCUACUACCUACCAAAAGUUAAAUAGCCUUCUCUCAUUUUCUCUUACUUUCGAUGGCUCUCCCACUAUGCUCUUGGCUGGGAUGCACAAUCCAGGUUAACAGCGUUGAGCAGUGGUUCAAAACCUUUCUAAAGCAUAAAUCAUCUAAUCUAGAACCCCAGUUACUUCAAUGAUUUAUAUUUUUUUGAGGGGUGCGAGAACAUAUUUUGAGAACCGAGGGGACUGCCGGCGUCGGUAAAGGUUAACAACCACCGCUGUGGAGCAAGGAAGGAAAGUCGCGUCUUGCCCUUAUCCAUCUGCUUGAGACUUGCUGUUGGAUUUUAUUCGCAGUACAGUCCAAUGAAACGAAAGUUGUCCCACAUGAAAGGUCCUGAACUGAGUAACGUUAUCUAAAUGAGUCGAUCCGCCGCCGAAACUAGUGCUUUCUCUUCACGUCUCCGUGCGCCUUCCCACAUUUAAGCUGGGAUGUGCAAAAGUAUUUCUGACUGAUAUUAAAAUUAUUUUAAUUGUGACUUUAAUUGAGCGCUCCUGUGUUAACUCUAACUCUACAGCCUAGCACUGGGGGGGGGGGGAGAUAUCAGACAUUGAAUUAUACAAACCCUAUUCGUGAGAAGGGCACAAACUCGGGGUUCGUGUGUUUGCUGAUAUGUGGUUUGCUAUACACUCCUCCGGUAGCACGGAGGAGCAGUUGGCUAUUUCCUAACUGAAAUUGAAAGGAAAGCCAUGACACAGCAGUUUCAGCUGGGGGAGAAAAAGCCUCUGCCUAAUUCGACAACGCUGACUUCAGCGUGUGAUUAAUAGCGUUUUUUAUACAGCUGUCAUCUACUUCAAAAGAGUGUCACUGAAUUUUCAAUUUAAAUCCACUCUGGUUAAAAGGAAAGCUGUGACGGCGUGCACCGUAUUUGACUACUCAGGGGGGCAUGGCUACAGCUAUAAACGAUCUCUUUCAAAUCACAGAACAGCUUAGCACAGAUGAUGUGCCAGCCCUUAGAUUCCUAUGUUCCGAUCUUAUCACUGCUAAAUCCCAGGAGAAGAUAGUCGAUGGAAAGGGUUUAAUUCUUGAAUUAAGGAAGGCUUCGCUGGUGGAGGAAGGAGACUGCUUCAUUCUGGCGGAGCUGCUUUAUUGGAUCGGCCAGAACAAAUUGUUAAAGUACAUGAACGUCACCAAGGAGAUGGUUCAAGAACAGCUCCAGAAUAACAAUGUAUCAAGAGUGUCACCUUUUAGGAAGAUUUUGUACGAAGUCUCUCAGGACAUAUCAAGUGAUGAUUUAAAUAACAUGAAAUUUCUCCUGUCUGACAAGUUUGGCGCUUCACUGGAAAACAUGGAUAUCUAUGACAUCUUUACUGCAAUGGAGAAGAGGGAGAUGCUGGCAGACAAUAAUUUUGAAGAGCUGAAAAAAAUAUUUGGGCAAAUGUCACCUAGACUUUUAAAGAAAAUUGAAGACUAUGAAACACAUAAUAAAGAUAAACCGCUUCAGGAAGAAUCAGAAGUGGUUUCAAAUUUGUCACAAAUGAGCCUGUGUAACACGACAGAACAAGGUAAACCGGUGAGUCAAGAAGAGAGCUGUGUGAUACAGAACAAAGAAUACAAAAUGUCUAGCCUGCCCAGAGGGUACUGUUUGAUUUUAAAUAACUUUGAUUUUGUGGAAAAAAGGAUACAAAACCGUUGGGGAACGGAGCACGAUGCAAAGGCUUUAGAAGAAGUGUUCUGCUGGUUGGGCUUUGAAGUGAAACGGCACGAUGACCUGAAAGCUGCAGAGAUGCGCGCUAAAUUGGAAGAGUAUGGAAAGGCAUCUCACCAAGGAAAAGACUGCUUUGUGUGCUGCGUGCUCAGUCACGGAGAACAGCAGUGCGUCGUGGGUACAGACGGUGAAAAGGUCGAGAUCAAAGACAUCGUCUCCUGUUUCGAUGGAAAGAAGUGUCCUUCUUUGGUGCAGAAGCCCAAAGUCUUCUUUAUCCAGGCUUGCCAGGGCAAGGAGUUUCAAGAGUCAGUGGAAGCACAAGGUGAUGGAUGUUUUCCAGUUGUUCGUCUUGAAUCCGAUGACUCUGGUAUAUACAGAGUCCCGGUCGAUGCUGAUGUCCUCAUAGGCAUGGCCACAGUCCAGGAGUGCUUGUCUAUGAGAGACGUAAGAAGUGGCACCUGGUACAUCCAGUCACUGUGCAGACAGCUCAGAGAAGGCUGUCCAAGAGGUGACGAUAUCCAUAGCAUCCUCACAAAAGUCAACGAGGAAGUGAGCAAAGAGGAAGGCACCAUAAAAAGAAUCAAACUGGCCAAACAGAUACCCGAGCCCAGAUACACUCUGACGAAAAAGCUGGUCUUCCGUGUACCUUAAGAAGUCUUUGGAGAGAGAGAUGGUACAGUUGAUAGAUUUGGAAACCUGGUAAAUGUUUUAGAAAUGUAAUGGGAUGUAAUCUAAUAUUAAUGUUUACUUUAUACCUACUUGUACUGUACCUAUUCCCAUUUCCUUUAUACCGGGGAUGGCCAGCUCUCGUCUUCCAAGGCCUGCAGGGACAUCUGAUUUUCAUUCUUGUCCUAAUUACUUAAUUAGUUGAUUCGGAUCAUCUGUUUUUAUUUGAUCUUAAUCGGCUGCUCCUUGAGCAGUACUUAUAAAACCCUCAGAAACCCAGCCCUUGACAAGUCCCGUCCAUGUUAAAGAAUGCACUUUUUUAGCCUGAUUGAUUUAAACAGUACAGACUUUUUAAGCAAUAUUAUUUUUAAUUGUUCUGAAGCUCAGUUUAUACCACCAGUUUUAAUUUUGUUUAUGUACUUGCUGUACUGCAGAUACCUUAGAUUUGCAUUGUCUUAAAGGGAUUUAUCUUUUAUACUUUUAUACUUUCCCAAUAAAUAUUUUUAGGA